GUAGGUGUGGUCCAGUACUGGCACACACCCUUUGGAGACCUCCAGACCCCCGGUUUCCACAGCAAACUGGACCCCGUCUUCAUGCACCCUGACGGGAGCCUGGUGGUCCCCAACACCAGCAUCCUGCACAGCGGCAUGUACUACUGCCUCCUGCAUCACACAGAGGGAACGAUACUCUGGCAAUACGAGCUCCUUGUGGGUCCUGACAGUCAAUAUAAGCAGCGUGAUGCGUUCAGGUUCAGGAGGGAUGUCGGGUCUGUAGAGGAGAGGCAGGCAGGUGUUUCAGAUGGGCAGUUUGCAGGAGCUGUCGCUGCAUCAGUGGUGCUGACCUUUGUGGUGGGAUUCAGCGCUGGAGCUCUGACCAGGACUCAUGUUCUCAGGUGUUUAGGGGCAGUGACUUCAAGGUUGCGAUCACCACGGCAACGACGAUGCCAUGGUCCUGAGGUCUCCGUGACAACCCUGCCGCCCAUGUACGACAACCAGGCCUUUGAGAUGGAGCAGGUGUUGGACGACGAUGACUCUGCGAGAUGUGCAACCAUGGAAACGACGAGUUCGUCGUCAACCACAUCUCCUCCUGCCAAACCUCAGAGAAGCUUCCGGCAAAAAAGACAGGAGGAGCAGGAAACCACGGCCUAUCUGGAGGGAUGUGACUACAUGAAGGAGGAGGAGGAGGAGGCAAGAAGACGUCUGGAGGAAAAGAAUAAAGGGUGUGAUGAGGAGGAAGAGGAAAAAAGAGAGUCCAGUGGUUUCUAUCUAUUAGGGGAGGAUGGAGGGAGUCAAACCGAAACAGAGGAGGAUGGAGAGGAGAAAGAUGGAAGAGAGAGCAGGGAGGAGAAGGAACAAAGACUGGAGGAGGAAGAGGUGGAGGAGGCAGAUGAGCAGAACAGCAACAAGGAGAGGAGAGAAAGUGAGGAGGAGGAAAAAGGGAGGGAUGAGAAGAGGGUGGAGGACGCAGAUGAGCAGGAGAACAGGAACAAGGAGAGGAGAAGAAGGAGGGAUGAGAAGAGCGAGGAGGUGGAGGACGGAGAAAAGACGAAGAGAGAGGAGGAUGGAGAGACAGACGAUGAGACAGGAAGUAACAAAGAGGAGGACACAAUGAAAAAUGGCGUCGUAGAAGGAGGAGAAACAUCACCCUCGCCAGGCCGUCGUAGCCGCGUCAUUCGCCUGUACCAGUACGACGAAGACGGCCAGCGGUACGGUCACCUUCCAGACCCCGCCCCCCACCAGGCAGGCCCCGCCCCCAGGCUCAAGCAGCGCUCCCUCUCUUUGACACGCCUCAACGCCAUCAUGGCCGCCGCCUCAGCAGGGCCGCUGGACACAGGAGAGACAGGGAGGGAGGAGAAAGAGGAGAGGCCGCACUUCCACAUGGAGAUUUAA